CUGCUGGCGAAAAGUUUAAAUUACACGCGCCACGAACCAAGGGCGUAAUUUACGUGAUUGCGUCAGUGCAGUUGGCGUGGGCGGCCGCAUAGCUGUAAUCGGACCAAUACGGAAGUGGCGGAGAGCGAAUGUCAACAACGGAAAAAGACAGAGUAAAGAUAAAAUCAUCCCACACGAGGCUUCUUGUCUGUGAUCCCCUGUGCGCUGGAGAGCUCAUGGAUCUAUUCAGAUGAAGCCUUUAUACCAUGGACAGUGAUUUAUUUUUACUUUUCGGUAGAUAGAAACAUUUUAGAUCUCUGUGGAAAGAAAAUCAACAUGGAUGUCCCGUACAGCCUGUGGAUUUUUAGCCUUUUGUUUUUAACAGUCCACUGCAGUCUGGAGCUGGCCUCCAGUUCAGCACAUUGUUUGAAAUCAUCAAAAAUACUACAGGCAAGACAAGGAGAAAUUCGUGGUUCCACCCGCCAUGGCCCUCCUGGCCCUGUGAACUGCAGCUGGGUAAUCACUUCCCCAGUGGGAGAGCGUGUGAUUAUCAGUUUCUCUGAGUUUUUCAUUAGAUGUGGCUGGAGCUGGCUAAGUCUGACAACUGUUACAGGACGGCCCGUGUCGCUCUGUGGAUACCAGAUGCCUAAGCCAAUGGAGUUCUAUGAGGGAAACAUUACAGUGACGCACCACUUUGUUCCUCACUUCUACUCAGUUUCAGGGUUCCACCUGUCAUACAUUAAAGACACUGGUCCGUGUUACCCGGGUGAGUUUGAGUGUUACAGUGAGCGCUGUCUUCCCAUGUCCUGGCGCUGUAAUGGCCAGGUGGAGUGCCUUGGGGAUGGUGACGAGCUCGGCUCGGAUGAGGAGGACUGUGACUCUGUUGAACCCCAACCUCAUCUGGACAAUGAGCCCUCACCAUUACCAACUGAAAUCCCAGCAAGCUCAGCUGUUAACUCUAAAAUAGAGAUGGGACAUCUGCCACAUGGGACGCCUGAUCUCUCCUCUCCAGCACAGGGUGGGCCUUGUGGGGGGUAUCUGAAGGCCUUUUAUGGCUCUUUUGUCCCCCCUGUGCUGACGGGGGCAGCAAUGGUGUGUGUGUGGUCAGUGGACCCACAGGAUUCCCGGCCUCUCAAGCUGGAGCUGCAGCAGCUGGCACUAGGCCCUAGAGACAUCCUUAUCAUCACUGACCAGCCUUCUGGGGGUGGCAAUGUCAUUACAACUAUCACAUACACAUCCAAUUACAAAACAGUGGAGGUGGAGUCCCCUACUGGUCUGCUGUCACUAACCUAUCGUGCACAGGAGGCCUCUGAGGGGCGAGGCUUCAAUGCCACAUACCGUAUCGCUGAUUACUGUCUGCCCUGGGAAGGUCUUUGUAAGGGCUCAGAAGGGGGCUGCUAUACGCCGAAGCAGCGCUGUGAUGGCCACUGGGACUGUGCAGAGACGGGCCUGGAUGAGGAUGGCUGUGGCGGAUGCCCAGCUGGCUAUUUUCCCUGUGGGACACUGGCACUGCAGAGGGCGGGGCACCUCGUAGGCCGGCCUGCCUGUUAUUCCAUCAAAGAGAGGUGCAACUACCAGCUGAACUGCGCUGAUGGGAGUGACGAGAGAGAGUGCAAAGUGUGUCAGCCUGGCACAUUCCACUGCGACAGCGACAGGUGUGUGUUUGAGAGCUGGCGAUGUGACGGGCAGGUCGAUUGUAAGGAUGGCACUGAUGAACUAAACUGCACCGUGACUCUGCCUCGAAAAGUCAUCACCGCGGCGACUGUGGGCAGCCUGGUGUGUGGUCUGCUGCUGGUCAUUGCAAUGGGCUGCACCUGCAAACUGUACUCACUUCGCACUCGAGAAUACAGCUUGUUUGCCCCAAUCAGCCGCCAAGAGGCAGAGUUUAUCCAGCAACAAGCUCCGCCCUCCUAUGGUCAGCUGAUUGCUCAGGGAGUUAUUCCUCCUGUAGAGGAUUUCCCUACUGAGAACCCCAAUGAGCCCACCUCUCUUUCUCUGAGAGGACUGCUUCAGCUCAUCAGACAGGACAACAUCUCCUCCCCACGGCGAAGGCGCAGGCCACGUUUUGUCCGCCGAGCGAUUCGACGCUUGCGCAGGUGGGGCCUAAUUUCCAGACCAACCUCUAGAUCUACCCAGACCACAAGCUCCACCACUCAACAGACAGAAGCUGCUCCUACAGGCCAGGAGCCCAGACAGUCUGGCCCUCCAGGCUCCGUGGUGCCCAGGGAAACCGCUGAUCAGCCUUUGCCACAAAAAGUGGGGUUGUCCCAACAAACAGAGCAAGAACAACAAGCAGACGCACCACCUCCUCUUUCCCCGCCCCCUCCUCCUCCACCUCCACCUACGACACUUUCCACAACUCCAGCUUCUCUCCAGCCAGCUGAUGCUCCAGAAACACGUCAGACCCCUCCUGUCGCUGUUGCCCCCAGCAGCCCCUCCCUGGCCUCUCUCUUCCAUUCUCUGGGGCUAAGUAUCUCUCGUUUCAGACCUUCAUCUUCCCCUACUGCACUUCCUCUCUCAUCUUCCCCAUCUUUUUCCUCCUCUUCCUCAGAAGACGAAGUGCUACUGAUCCCUCUUUCUGAUGAUACAACCUCUGAGGAUGAUGUGCCCAUGCUAACCUGAAAUGAACUGCACUCUCUUUCACUUUUCUUGUCUUUCUCACUUUCCCCCUGUUUUUCGCCUCUAAAUUAUGAUCUCAGCAUGUAAGCGGCAUCAUGUCUGCAGUCUGUGCUGGCAAGGUGCCUUAUUUCACACGAAUAGGUUAAAUUUCCUGACUUAAAUGUAUCAAGUAUUGGACAAAUAUCAAAGACUUUAGUCUCUGUGCUUGUUAGAUGUGCACUUACUCAGAGAUUGUGUGUGAUGGAAGAAAAUGUUGCACAGAAAAUCUUCCUUGGCCUCUCUUUAAUGAGUGUGUUUACAUGCACAACCCGAUGUCAUCUUACUUCAGCAUAUUCAAGUUGUUGUGCAAACAGCACACUACAGUAUCAUAAAUUAGAUUAAAGAGGACAGUUCUGCCUGGAUUUUAGCCCAUUAGUCUAUUAUUCAGAGUGUGUAUACCAUUAAGCUGAUAUCUUCUGUUUUUUUGUUUUCAACACCUGUGCAUGCAUGGAAACAAUUAGAUUAAGGAAAUAAAGUGUGUACCUGUUGACUAAAAAGUUCAGUCUGAGGACACACAGCAUUAUGUGACACUUGCAACUUUAUGAACUCCCAAAUAAAUGCUUGUUACUGGAAUUAAUAGAUUCACUACUUACAGCUGCGCUACUAAAAUAAAUACUGUUAGUGGCUCUUGCAGACCCAGUGCUAUUUUUCAGAUUAUCGAUUUACUUAACAUGCAAAUCAUUCUUUUUUUGAUUUUAUUUUUUAUUUAUUUAUUUUUUUAAAUCAGAUUAUUUUGUACACGUAAACACACUCAUUGAAAUGGUAUGUCCUGUGUCUUACCCUCAGCAAAAUAUACGGCACCAUUCUACAAAUAUCCAGGCUAUCCUCUUAUGGUUUAUUUUUCACAAUUAAUUAACAUCUGUAUGUGUGUAUAUAUGUGUGGAUGUGUGUGUGUAUCAUACUGCUAUACACAUGGCUGUGUGUAUUCUUUAGAAGUGCCUUUGAUAGAGCUUCCUAUAGAUCAUUAGACACUAUGUGACUGUAUAUACUUACACAUGAAGGCCAAACACACACAUGCAAAAGUUUACGCCUCAGUUUGAUUUUAAAUUUACCCAGGCCAUGGAUAGGUUAUUGCAAGGCAAGAACAUGUGUUGGUGUUAAUGUAGUCACUCAGUUGAGACAAUCCUUCUUGGUGCUUGUGGCAGUUUUUUGCACCACCAAUCUGAAUUACUUCAUAUGUUAAUGACAGUUAAAAAAUUUCUUCUAAUUCCAGCUUCUGGCUCAGCAAACAGUGAAAGAAGCACGAGUGCCAUAACUAUAAUCAUCUUUUGCACUUGCUCUUAUGAAUCUUUUUCCCUCUUUUUGCCAUGUUGAUAUUGUUUUUAUUACUGAAUGUAUUGAAGCGGCUAGCUGUGUAACAUGUUUCUCGCCAGUGGUGAUUGCAAUAGAAAUUUGUGGUUUGGAAUGAAAAAAAAAAAAAAGAAACUGAUUUUCUUAGGAUGUGUUUCACUGUAUAUAUGCUGAAAGAUCUAGAAAAACCACAAUGAAUAAAUCAUUUGCACUUUUA